UUUUUUAACCAAACAUAAGCAAUGAUGUGCAUUGUGAAUAACUAUUUCUUUGUUAUAAAUGCUUUUAAUGAUAAAUAAAGGGCAAAUUUGUCAAGCGUUUGAAAGACGCUGAUGUUAUUUACAAGAAAAGCGACAAUGGCUUCCACUGUUGAGAGAGCGGCGGAGAGAGCUGCCUGAAUCCUCUGAGUUCUAUUUAAAGACACAAACAUCUUCUUAGAAUAUAAAGGAUUCUUUUCCUAGAUCCUAAUAAAAAGUAUCACUAUGGAACAGAACCCUGAUCCUAACCCCAUAAGUCCUGGACACAUGAACAUGGAGCAGAAUGUCGCCACCUCGAGUCUGCCAGAGACAACACACAUACACAUAGAGCAGGCACAGAUGUCGUCCAGCGGGUCACAACAACACAACCCUAUAACGUCUCGAAUGCAAAAUGUAGUGAUACAUGUCAACGAAUCUGGAGAGGGACUGUUCUCACCUGACGGAAACGUGGUCUUCUCUACGCAGCAACAUCAUCUGGAGACAAAUGCAAACAGUCAGUCGCCUCCUCCAAUAUAUGUUUCGUCGCUCAAGCCGAUGAAUGACAAUAUGAUUCAGAUUGAGACUGUUACAGAUGUAGAUCAAUCAGACUCGUCCACCAAACAGAGUGGGAUGAUGAGCUGCUUGGUGUGUAGCGAUAAAGGGUCAGGCUACCAUUAUUCUGUAUUCUCCUGUGAGGGGUGUAAAGGAUUUUUCAAGCGGACAGUUCAGAAAAACUUAAUAUACACGUGUAAAGACGUUGGCAACUGUAGUAUUAACAAAUUCACCAGGAACAAUUGUCAAUACUGUAGGUUUAUGAAAUGUCAGCAGAUGGGUAUGAAAAGAGAAGCUGUGCGCGAGGACCGUUCUCCGGGAGGGAAACAUCGCCACAAACGCCCACGUCUGGAGGACAUGCAGUCUAUAUUUGGCACUGACGGGGGGCUUAGCAUGCUCUCCGACACAGAUCGACGCUCAGAGAUCUACGAUCAGACAAUAGAAGGCCUUAUCCAGGCAAAGGCUGAUCUGAUGCCGCACUUUGAUGGUGCAACUGGUCUACAAAGUAUGGGAAUCAAUGAGAUGAUGCAGUUUGGCUAUGCUGAACUCAAGUUUAUUAUCGACUGGGCAAAGAAAGUACCAGGGUUUCAAGAUUUUUGUAUUGAGGACCAAAUGGCUCUCCUGAAAUCGUCCUUCAUGGAACUGAACAUCCUUCGACUUUCCUUCAGGUCCAUUGAUUAUGACGAGUCUAUUAAGUUCGCUGACGGGUUCAUUCUGCCUGCUGAAGUUGCUAAGGGGAUGGGGUUUGGGAAGGAGCUUGUGACGGCCAUCAGUGAGUUCAGUCGACGACUCAAGGAGAUGGAAAUGGACAUAGUGGAAUUCAACAUCAUGAACGCCAUCGUUCUUACUUAUCCAGAUGCAGCCGGUCUGAAGGAGAAGACCAGCAUCACCGUGUACCAAACAAAGAUGCUGGAUGUCUUACGUCACUAUAUGACACAGACGCAUCCCGACGACCCACGACGAUACGGCAAGAUGUUACUACGGUUACCGUCACUAAGGACAGUCAGUGCCAAGGCUGCAGAGAGAUUUCUCUCCCUCACUCUAGAUGGCUCAAUUCAGCUCAACGACCUUGUGCUUGAAAUGAUAAAUUAACUCAAAGGAAUCACUUUUGAAUAAAAUGAAUUCUCUCUAAAAGCCAAUGACUUUGUUUUCAAAAGGAUAAUAACGGUUUGUGACUUAUUAUCUGUACCGUUCAGGAUGUUCUCAAACAAAUUUUACCAAUGAAAUUCAUAUCUGUAUAUAUACUGUACCUGAAUAGGAUUCUGGGUUAUACCGAUUGCCCAUGAUACUAGACCCUCUCGUUCUUUAAACUGUAUACCAGGAAGUGUUUGUCGUAGUUCAAGUUUCAUCCUACGAUACCUGGGCCGUUUUUCGUUUUAAUCGGUUUAACAGGUCCGACCACAGUUGUUCGUUUAUUAAAUAAUGUUGAACCUAGUUAUCUGAUGGUGCCUUCAGGCGAGCCUCGACCAAGCCUUCAAGGCCUGCAUCAAUAUUUGCAGGUCCGUGGCGAUUUAUACUCAAAAAUGUUACAUUUAAAAGUGGACGUAUCGGUUGUUCUGCAUAAACGAACAGGCCCCUAAUGUUUCCAUUUUGAAGGCAAAAACCCUGACCAAUUAAGGAUCAUACCGGUGAAGAGUAAACACAUCAUUGAGCCAAUAAGUUUAAGGAUACAGUAUCACAAGUGAAAUAUGGCAAGUGAACUUGAUCAACUGGUUUCGUAAAUGAUUGAAGUACGUUAUCCAUAAAUAAUCACGAACUAGGUAAAAUGGGUGAUUUUCUUUGUAAUGAUGUGCUCAAAUUUGUGAUUGGUGACAAAGAAUUGCUCGUUUUUUUUUUAUUAAAACGUCUAAUCAUU